UAAAUUUCACAACCCAGAUCCUUAUUUGUUUCUAUUUUUAAACUGACAUUGAUGACCGAAGUUUUAGUUGGUUGUUACCCUUGAUCAUAUAUAAUCUCACAGUUCUUUUCUGCAUUUGACACCGGCCCUGUCUUUGUCAAUUCACUUUAAGUCAUUUUCAUUGUUAUUAAUAGUGUGCAUUAUUAUAUUUAUUGGUCUGACACCAUCAUGAUCAUCUUAGUGUGAAGUCGAUUUCUCAUUACAUUAUCACUGGCUUGUUCUGUGACUGAGAACAGAUAUUGAGUCAAAGAUUAGCUGAUUGGUAAAGAUAUUGUACAGCUUGUUAGUGGUGGAGAAGCAAAUAGCGGGUUGGUGUCGGUUUAUUAGUGUCGAUGGCAGAGCUGGUUGGGCCGAGAUUGUACAGUUGCUGUAAUUGUCGAACUCAUGUCGCCCUUCAUGAUGAUGUCAUUUCUAAAUCCUUUCAGGGGAAAAAUGGUCGAGCAUUUCUGUUCUCCCACACGAUGAACAUUAUGGUUGGACGCAAAGAGGACAGGCAGCUCAUGACUGGUCUCCACACCGUUGCCGAUAUUUACUGCCUCGAUUGCCGUGAGGUGCUUGGUUGGAAGUAUGAACGAGCCUAUGAGGAGACACAGAAGUACAAGGAAGGGAAGUUCAUCCUUGAGAAGUCAAAAAUAGUCAAGGAAAACUGGUAGUCCCCACGAAAGUUUCAGUUCAAGUGAAUGAAUGCUUCUCUCUGUUCAUCUUGUCCAAAGAUUUCUCAUCCAUUGAAAAUAUUGAUUAUUGUUCCUUUCUGGGCAUUCUACUUCUGUUUUCUCUGUGGAUAAUGUAUUGGAGGUUAUUGAUUUGUUAAUAAUAUGUAAAUAAUGCUCUCCAUUAUGCUUGUGAUUCAUUUUGUGGUUGAAUUUCAAUUUAUAGACCAAUUGGAAUCUUAACAUGUCUGUGUCUUGGAUUAAGAACGCUGAACAUU